CGUCCUUUCAGCAUAGUAAAUUCACGAGUCUUGCCCCAAACUCCACCAACAAAACAAAUCUCACUCCUCCUCUCUCACAGACCCAAAAGCUUCUCCCUUUGAGCUCUCAUCUUUGAUAUUUUCUGAUCCAUAUAUUUUUCUCCGAUCAUUUUCCUUGUUCUCCAUCUCAAAAAUUUCGUUUUUUGUUCUGAAUUUUUAGGAAGGGGACUUAUUUGCAGUUCCCUGUUUCCUACACAUUGAUAAUAUUUCAGAACACUCUGUUUCAAUUUUGUUUAUUAUCCCAGAAUAUCAUGGACAUAAUGCAUGAAAACAACCUUGCUUUUGGGUUCACAGACGCCAUUGACAUCCCAUCUUCUCUCUCAAAUCUCAUACUAACAAGCUCCACAAACACCCUGGACUCGAUUUUCUCUCACUGCCCCCAAACACUCGCCACCACCGUGACAACCACCACCAGCGGCAGUUCUGUAUCUGAGCCGCUGGGCUCAUCAGUUUACCUCCGCCAGAGAGACCUCCUCCAGAAGUUCUGCGACGAAAGCCGAGCAAACGUAAACACCACGGCCUCGCGCUCUUUUGCGAGGAACCCAUUUCAGAGUUCGGCUUGUUCUUCAACUACUUACAUGGCUCCAUGCAAGAAGAAGCUCUACAGGGGAGUACGGCAGAGGCAUUGGGGCAAAUGGGUCGCCGAGAUCAGACUCCCUCAGAACAGAAUGAGAGUCUGGCUCGGUACCUACGACACCGCGGAAGCCGCCGCCUACGCUUACGACCGGGCGGCCUACAAGCUCCGCGGAGAGUACGCGAAGUUGAAUUUCCCCAAUCUCAAGGACCCGAACAAUUUGGGUUUUGGCCACGGCUCUAGACUGAACGCUGUGAAAAACACCGUGGAUGCGAAAAUCCAAGCUAUUUGCCAGAAGGUGAAGAGAGAAAGAGCAAAGAAGAAAGUGAAGAAGAGCAGCUCUUCAGUUGGUGGUGAUGGGAGUUUCCCUGAGAACGGGAAGGUUGUGAAGAUGGUAUCCUCGCCGUCGCCUUUGGUCGAUGGCGAAGGUUUUGGUCACGAAAUGGUGUCAUUAACGCCCACGCCCACCGUGUCUGAGGACGGGGUUUGGAGGAGUGAGAACUCGCCGCCGUCUGUUUCAACAGAGUUUCAAAUGGGGAUGGCGGAGUUGGGAAUGGGAGAGAAGUCGGAAUUUGAGGGGUGUUCACUUGCCAAAAUGCCUUCAUUUGAUCCAGAGUUGAUUUGGGAAGUUCUUGCUAUUUAGAAAGAGGAUUUUGAUUUGGGAAAUCUGGAUUUUAUAUUAAUCUUCCCUUAAUUUUAUCAACGGAUUUUUGUCAUAACCCGUCUCUUAUGUUUAUCAAGUCAUCAGUUUGGUCCCUUAUGUUUAAAACUCAUCAUCCUCUAUCAAUAAAUUCACUCAUCAA